GCAGACCCGGGACGCCCCCAGGUCGCAGCCCGGCCCCCCGCCCCGCAGAGGUCCCGGCAGGUGGAGGCGCCCGGGGCGAGUGCUCCCUUCUCCGCAGCCCCCUCCCGCCAAGUCCCGCGGGCGCAACUUUCUUAAAGAGACAGGUGGCCCUAAUCUGCGUCUACCUGGGGCCCCGACUCGGCCUCCUGACCCGUCCCCACUCUGGGGGGACAGAAGGGGUUGCAACGGAUCUCCGUGCCCACCCAACUCCUUUUCCUCUGAGGAGUGACGAAUUGCAAGUUUUAAUGCACCCAGCAUCCUUUUGCAACUUAAUUCUUUUGGCCUAAAUCACACUUCCACUGUUCCUCAACGCAAGCUCGCGCAUGCAAUUGGGACCACUGCUGGCAAAGUUUGAAGAAGGGUGUCCCUGCCCCUGCGCCACACCUCACCCGGAGCCCCGGGGCGUGCAAGUCUCGCUGCUGCUGGGAAACGCCCGCUGCAAUCCCCUUGACCCUGCCCUGUAACUGACCCUUGGGGAAAAGCCCCCCUACGGCUACUGCGCAUGCUCUGUGCUGGACAGCUCCAGAGAGGGAAAUUUAAAAACGGUUCGAGCUGCGACGGCGGCCAAAUUGCGGAACGCGAGGGGCGAGCGCGAGGGAGCCCCCCUCCGAAACACCCUCCGCCCCAGGAGCGCCUGCAGCGGCGGCCCGGCGAGAAUCGGCUCCAGGAGAUGAUAGAAAGUGACAUCUCAUCCAUGAUGUCAGGAAUUAUUCGAAACUCAGGGCAAAGUCACCACCCCUCUUCACAGGAAUACAGGCUUCUGGCCACCACUGGUGAUGACGACCUUCCUGGGGACCUGCAGUCGCUGUCGUGGCUCACAGCUGUGGAUGUGCCACGGCUACAGCAGAUGGCGAGUGGCCGCGUGGACCUGGGCGGCCCCAGUGCACCCCACGCACACCCAGGUGCCUUGACCAGGGCAGCUGACCUGCACGUGGGAGCCACCCCAGGUCCCCUGCUCCACAGCCCGGCCGCCAUGGCCCACCAAGGCAUUCUGGGUCUGGGUCCCAUGGCCAACCACGGAGCCAGCAUGAGCCAGUUCCCUAUCGGGGGCCAGCCCUCAUCCAGCCUGCAGGACCCGCCACAGCUAUACUCUCCUGCCUCCCAUCCACAGUUCCCGCUGCCCCCGGGCGUCCAGCAGUGCUCUCCUGUGGGCCUAUAUGGCCCCCCAUUUGGGGCGCGGACACCCUACCCCCAGUCCCGAAUGGCUGUGCAUGCAUCCCAGGAACUGCACCCCAAACACUACCCCAAGCCCAUCUAUUCCUACAGCUGUCUGAUCGCCAUGGCCUUGAAGAACAGCAAGACAGGCAGCCUGCCCGUGAGCGAGAUCUACAGCUUCAUGAAGGAGCACUUCCCCUACUUCAAGACGGCUCCCGACGGCUGGAAGAACUCGGUGCGACACAACCUGUCUCUGAACAAGUGCUUUGAGAAGGUGGAGAACAAGAUGAGCGGGUCUUCGCGCAAGGGCUGCCUGUGGGCCCUGAACUUGGCCCGCAUCGACAAGAUGGAGGAAGAGAUGCACAAGUGGAAGAGGAAGGACCUGGCUGCCAUCCACAGGAGCAUGGCCAACCCUGAGGAGCUGGACAAGCUGAUCUCAGACCGGCCAGAAAGCUGCCGACGCCCUGGCAAGCCAGGGGAGCCGGACGCCCCCAUGCUGACCCACGCCACCACGGUGGCCAUGGCCCACAGCUGCCUGGCCGUCUCGCAGCUCCCGCCCCAGCCACUGAUGACCCUGUCCCUGCAGUCGGUGCCUUUGCACCACCAGGUCCAGCCCCAGGCACAUCUUGCCCCAGACUCCCCUGCCCCGGCCCAGACCCCGCCCCUGCAUGCCCUGCCAGAUCUGAGCCCUAGCCCCCUCCCCCACCCGGCCCUGGGAAGGGCCCCCGGGGACUUCAUCAACAUCAGCACUGACCUGAACACUGAGGUGGAUGCCCUGGACCCCAGCAUCAUGGACUUCGCUCUGCAGGGGAACCUUUGGGAGGAGAUGAAGGAUGAGGGCUUCAGCCUGGACACCCUGGGGGCCUUCGGAGACUCUCCACUUGGCUGUGAGCUGGGCGCCUCGGGCCUGACCCCCAUCUCUGGCGGCAGUGACCAGUCCUUCCCCGACCUGCAGGUGACCGGGCUCUACACAACGUACUCGACCCCGGACACUGUAGCCACGUCAGCUGCCACCUCCUCCUCUCAGUACCUGAGUGCCCCAGGGAACAAGCCCAUAGCCCUGCUGUGAGCUGACGGCCUCCCUGGCUCCAGAAUCUGGACCAGGAGGGAUGCUCGCUGGGCUGGGCGUUCCCCGAGGAAAGGCCCCUCACCUUCCCAUAGGCCUCCGAAACUUCGAUGGAGCAGCUGGCUGAUAGGGAUGCAGGUCCUCCCUCAUCUCCAUGGGAAGCUGCUGGGGCCUCCCCAAGUCAGAAGGAGAGAGGAGAGUGGACACGCACGCCCGCCUCCCCCACUUUCUGAUGCUCCUCGAGGCCUGAGAUGCGGAGAACAAGCUUCUUCCUGCUUGCUUUCCCACUGGCUCCCACAGCAACCUACAGCUCACUUGGGGAUGCAGGGUUGUGCCAUGAAAAUGGCCCAGCAGGAAGGCUUUUAAUUUAUUCUUCUGGGAUGAAACACCUGCUUCAGCCUCCAGCGGUCAAGCCCUGAGCCUGAGUGGAGCUGGCAGAUGGUCGAACCUCCCUUGGACCAGAACAGGUUGAACGCUGAAAUGGACACCUGCCCCACUGCCUCGGGCCCCCUCCUCCUGAUAGUCUGUUAGGGUUUCAUAGAGCAAAUCCCUGGGCCGGGCCGGGCACUGUGACCCUGUGUACAUUUAUUUCUAUUUAUUGGAGCCCAUCCACUCCUCCUCUUCAAACCUAGCCCAUGGUCCCUGGAAUGACUCUUGAGGUCCCUCCCUGCAGCCUUCACUCCUAAAUGAUCCGUGAAUCACAUUUGCAACUGGCUCUUAAGCCCUUUGCAGCCCUGGGCUGCUUUUUUGAACAAACAAGCACUUUGGAUACUGUGAAACAUCUUAAUUUUUUUUAAAUCAGAAACCGGUUAUUUUUCUGUUUGGUUGCCACUCGAACCUCUUACCUAGUUGCACCCAAGAAAAGAAGGACCCUGCUUUUGAUUUCUGGGGGGGGGCUUCAAAUCAGGAUGGGAAGGGGAGGGAUGGUAGGGGGCUUUUUGUGCUGGAAUUUCAGACAUCCCUAAUGAAAAGAAACUAAACUGUGAACCCAGUAGAGAGUGAUGCUCAGAGUGAGGGGGUGCUGGCGAAGCUGCAAGGCAGAGUUGGCACUUGUUGGUCUGUUUCAUUGCCCUGUGCCCUUUUUAAUGUUUUUCUCCCUCCAAUUACCGACUUUCCAAGUGGCAGGUUCUGCAGACAGCUGGGUUAGAGGGGAGCCGGGUGAGGGGGCUUGGAAGAGGGGAAGUACCUAGGGGGUCGUCCAGCUAAGGUGAGAUGGAGAAACUACGGCAGUAGCCCACACACACCUGUCGUCUCUUGACCAAGUGGAUGUCUGCUUCCUACCUUUGUGAGGUCCCGAAAUCUAGAGCCAGAAUUUUCUGAUUAAUCAAUAGGUGGGCCAGCCACCUGGGAGGUCUGGUGUUCGGGCCUGUCUUGAAGGACCGUCUCUAACUUCUUCCUAAUUCUGGAACUUUCCAUCAAGCAUCACCACCAUUACCCACCGCCCAGGGCUGCCUGACUGGCCAGCACUGCUCAUCUGCUUUGUGUGAUGUGGCCCCCCGCUAAGUGAAGAUGUUUGAGUCGUUGUUAAUGAAAAUCCGUGUCUGGGAGCCCACGGAACUGUAUAACGUAGUGUUGGAGAAAUGUCUGUCAAUAAAGGCUGAACACAGCUCUGUGGCUCAGAGGAGGGGUGAAUGGGGGUAAAAGGUGACAGCACCACUCACUAACCCCUCAGAGCGGAGACCCCAUUUACAGAUGGGGAAACUGAGGCCCAGAGGGGCGACCCUGAUCCCAGGUCUUCUGCGGCCAAGUUCCCAUCACACCAGGACUUUGUCAUUAUUGGUAAAGUGAGCCUGGCCACCAGCCACUGUCCCUCAGUGCCAGGCUCUGGAUAGACAUUACUCAGGCAGGGAUGUGAACGCUGCUGACUGCUCAGAAGAUGAGGCUCAGACAGGUUGGGUAGGACCCGGGGGUCCAGCAAAGAGGCAGGACUGAGUCUGUGUGUGCUGGGCUCAGAGACAGAGCUCAGCAGUGCUCCUGGGUGCUGCCUCUUUGGAGCACCCCUGAGGUUAGAGGGGACAGCACCAGGCCCUGCACUAGUCACUGCUGUAAAUGAGCCCACUUGAUCCUUGUUACAACCCUAGGAAGUGUGUCUUACUAGUUAUUACACCCAUUUGCAGCUGGAGAAACUGAGGCUCAGGGGAUGAAAGGAGAUGACUUGCCACCCAAGCAAAAGGCCGUAUUAAUUAGGAGUCUGUAGAACUCUUAAGCCCACCCAAGAAGGGCUUGCAGCCUCACUGGGGGGACCAGACUCACACACAUAUGAUGAUUAGCAAGUAAGGAGGGGAGGGCUGAUGGGACUGGGGGUGGUGUCUGGAAGUGCUAAUGGAGCUCCACCUCAGUGGAGAAAAGGCAGGUGGCAGGGAGGGGGUACCUUCCUCUCCCCAGCAGCCCUCUUCCUCAGCUUUGGCUCCAGGUGGCCCUGUGACUCAGGCCUGGCCAGUGAGAGCAUCACAACCCUGAGUACCACUGCCAAUUGGUUGGGGAGCAUGUCACUCAGGCCAUGGUGGUCACAGCCAAUAAGCAUCACCUGAGGGCUUUGCAGAAGCACUGAGCAACAGGGGUGCCCUUCUAGGAGGGGCUAAGCUGGGAGAAUAGAGCCUGGGAGGCCGGGUCACCUCAUGGAGGGGACUGGAGAGCCCUUUCUUUUCAUUUUUUUUAAAGGGCCAUAUCUGUGGCAUAU